GGCCGAUGGAAGUCAGUGGUGGUAGCAUUGUAGCGUUAUAGAGAGACAAAAGUUAGCUUCUCAUGACUUACAUCACAUUCAGCGAGCCGAACCAACAACUUUAUGGACUCUCCUAUGGAUUCCUCUAGGCAGUCCAAGAAGACCAGGCAGAACAGAGAGGCUAGGCGCAGCCAGAAUCAGUCAAGGCCCCCUCCUCAAAAAGAUGCCUAUGCCAGGUUGCUGAGCCAGCACCGCAGCAGCAUUUUCAGUUCAUAUUUAGAGCAAUAUGCACAGGACUCCUCCCAAAAAGAGGUAGAUAAAUCUUGUUCAGCACAAAGGGAUGUGUUUAGUGUAACACAAAAAAAAAGGGAUCAAGCGCAGGUCGAUUUCUCAGAGUCAGGUGACUUCUCUCGGUUCUCUAAAGAAGAUGAGACUUUCCUGUCAUACUUGGAGAAGUUAAGCACACAUGAUACUCAGCAGGAGUGUGAAAGGCAGAUAGGUGUGAGUGAGAGGCAGCUUCGAGGGCAGAGGAGGGACACCACCACCAGCCAGGACGGGGAUAUCGAAUCUGGAGAGGAAAUUCCCUGUGUGAGACCCGGCAGCACGAAGAAAAACCAGAAACUGAAAAGCAACCCCCCAAUUGAGGCAAGUGUAAGUAAGCAGGAGCAAGAGAAGACAAAGAAGUCAAAGAAAAAAAGCCAACCCAAGGAGGAGAAAAACAGAGCGGAGAUGUUCAACAUGUCUGCUUAUCCUCUGACACCGAGACCCAAACCAAAUUAUGGUAAUAGUGGUAAACCCCAGCAGUCUGCAGCUGCUGGACCAAACUCUGCAGGUGAGAAGAGGAAGAAUAAAGGAGACGGGAGGGCUAAAAAACAUGUGUUUGAGUCCUACAUGAGCUUUGAGGAGGUUUCCCAUGGCCUCAAAAGAGGGGAGCUUUAUCAGGGUCCAAUAAGGAUCAAUCCCAAGAAUUACAACGAAGCCUUCAUCCCAUCUCCUGAUAAUACACACGACAUUUUCCUGGAUGGAGUUGUUGCCCGCAACCGUGCGCUUAAUGGAGACAUAGUGGUGGUUCAAAUCCUCCCCAGGGAGCAGUGGAAGGUGGUGAGGUCUGAUACUGACUGCGAUGGCACCAGUGAGUCUGACACGCAGGCAGAACACAUGCAGCAGACGGGCCACGGCCCGACUACUAAUCCUACAGUAGAGGACCAGUCAAGUGACCCAGAGGAGCUCAUUAGAAAGGCUGACAGAGGGAAACAUGUGGAGGAUCCUUCAACAAGCCGACCAAAUACUGAGAUCCUCCAAAGAACAGCUAAAGUGGUUUACAUCACUGAGAAAAAACACUCCCGAGCUGUGACCGGCCACCUGAAGUUACUACCAGACAAGCCCUUCGCCCUGUUUUCUCCUACAGACCAUCGAGUGCCUCGAAUUAAUGUGAAGCUUGAUGACUGUCCCGCAGACUUUAGAAUUCACCCAAGCAACUUUGCCAACACCUUGUUCAUCUGUCGGAUCACCGACUGGGCUGCUGACAGCAACUUUGCUCUAGGCCAACUUGCUAAGACCCUCGGUCAAGCAGGUGAAAUCGAGCCAGAGACUGAGGGAAUCCUGACUGAAUAUGACGUGGAUUUUUCAGAGUUCACAGAAGAGGUGUUGGACUGUCUUCCUAAGAACCUCCCCUGGACCAUCCCGCCAGAGGAGUUUGAAAAGAGGAGGGACCUUCGGAAGGAGUGUAUCUUUACCAUUGAUCCUGUGACUGCUAGAGAUCUGGAUGAUGCCCUGUCUUGUAAACAACUCCCAGAUGGCAACUUUGAGGUGGGGGUCCACAUUGCUGAUGUGAGUUUUUUUGUGGAGGAGGGAACUGCGCUUGAUGCCAUCGCCAGCCAAAGAGCCACCAGUGUGUACCUUGUUCAAAAGGUGAUUCCCAUGCUGCCCAGGCUGCUGUGUGAGGAGCUGUGCAGUCUCAACCCUCUCACUGACAGGCUCACUUUCUCUGUCAUCUGGAAACUCACACCUGAGGGAAAGAUCCUGGACGAGUGGUUCGGCCGCUCAGUCAUCCGCUCCUGCGUGAAGCUGAGUUACGACGACGCUCAGAGAAUGAUUGAUGCCCCUGAUAAGCUGUUUCCUCCUGAGGAGCUUCCGCCUAUCGACGGCGAACACACUAUAGAUGAAAUACACCAAGCUGUGCUCUACCUGCACUCCAUCGCCAAGAACCUUCGAGCCCAACGCUUCAUAGGAGGAGCUCUUAGACUGGACCAGCUGAAAAUUUCUUUCACUCUCGACAAAGAGACCAUGAUGCCUCAAGGUUGUUAUAUCUAUGAAUACAGAGACAGCAACAGGUUGGUGGAGGAGUUCAUGCUGCUGGCUAACAUAGCCUCAGCGACCCAUAUUUAUGGGAUGUUCCCUGAUCUGGCCCUGCUGCGGCGCCACCCUCCACCCAAAGAGAAGAUGGUGAAGGAGCUGGAGGUGUUGUGUAGAAAGCUGGGAUUGAACAUCGACUUCUCCUCUGCAGGAUCCAUUCAUAAGAGCCUUAGUACCGUUUAUGGAAACGACGAGUACUCUGCUUACAGAAAAGAAGUCCUCACCAACAUGUGCUCCAGACCCAUGCAGCUGGCGAUGUACUUCUGUAGCGGAACACUGAUGCAGAAGGAAGACUUUAGGCACUACGCUCUUAAUGUUCCCCUCUACACGCACUUCACAUCGCCCAUCAGACGCUACGCUGACAUCAUCGUGCACCGGCUGCUGGCAUCAUCUCUGAAUCUCGGGCCUUCUUUAGGCCUGUCUACGCAGGAAGUGGAAAAACAGGCAAAACACUGCAAUGAUAAGAAGACUUCGUCCAAGAGAGUCCAGGAGCUCAGCUCUGAGCUUUACUUUGGGGUCUUUGUGAAGGAGUGUGGUCCACUGGACUCUAAGGCCAUGGUGAUGGGGGUGCUGGAUAAGUGUUUUGAUUUACUGGUUCUCAAAUACGGAGUGCAGAAACGCAUUUACUACAAGUCUAUUGUCGGCUUGGACUCAUUCCACUAUUGGAAGAGAGACAAAGUCCCUCAGCUCAAACUGGUCUGGACUGGUAAGGAUCUAGAGAGUCCCUCUGUGGAGCAGGUGAUUUCCAUCUUCUCUGUAAUAGAGGUGCAGCUCAAGGCGGACGAAGCUCCUCUUAAAUACAGCGCAAUUCUCAAGAGGCCUGAGAGCAGCGCAUCCUAGAGCACUGACCGCAAUUUGCACAAAGUUUGGACUUGCACAUUAUGUGUUGUUUCCAAAUAGGACGGACUGUGAAGUUGAUGUUGUACUGCACGCUAGCAUCCAUCCAACAAAGUCGAAUCCUGGCAGAUCUCUGUGCAAGGACAGGCGCUCAUUACAAGUUUACUUUUUGUUGUUUUUAACCGACCUCACACAGCCGCCGUCUUUUCCCCAAGGACCUUUGGAAGCUGAUUGUGCUUCCAUUGCAUAUCUCACACAUUGAGAUGUUUCCCAUCUCUUUCUUUUUUUGAAAGUGUAAACAACAUUAACACUUGCUUAGAUUAUUUUAUUUCCCUGACUAGUUUUUAAAUAUUUAAAAAUUUUAAGUUAAUCGUUUAGCAAAUCGGUUAGCUUUCUUAAAAAUGUAAACAGGUGCUGAUAUUUUCAGUCACUAUUUUAUUUCUUUUGAUCAACUGAGGUUAGUUUGGUUGUAGUGGAAAUGCAUUUUUAGAUCUAUAGAUUCUAUUUUUUUUUUCCUAGCAAAGGAAAAGCCUCUCAUUUUAGGUAAAUAAGCUCAUAUUAUACUCCAACUUAUACUGUGAUGGAUUUACCUUGACUUUAACAUAUAGUGAGUACAUACUUUCAGUAGCGAAAUUAGAGUAAACCUUCAUUAAGACUCACAGUUCUGGUCAGAAGUUUAUCCAUUUAUCACCAGCAUUGAUGUUGAAUCAAUCCUGGGCUUUUUCUCUUCUUCUUGAAACAACAAACUCUGAAAUGUCAUAGAACUUAAAGGACUUCUAAACAUAGUAGCCUAUUUAGGAUUUAUGUUGUUUUUUUUUCUCUAACAAAUCAAAAAUCACAUAAAACACUCAGUGUCGACUAUAUUCAUACUCUCCCUCCCCCAAUUUUCUGAAAUGCCUCUUAGCAAGUUUAGGUAAGUUUUUAUUCUGGCACAGACAGCCUUUGAGCUUAGUUGCUGAGAGAAACAUAAAUAUGACAACAACUGGGGCUGGUGGCUCUUCCAGAAUUCUAAUGUUAGCAUGUUUUCAAAACCAGCUUUAAGAUUAUUGGCCAGUUAAAUCAGUCAAAUUUGUCCAGGUUUUCAUAGUGACAUUACUGGUCUGUGGUGAGGUUGGUGAAUUUGGAAAUGAUUCUGUUUUGCUAAAUAUUUCAUCCACAGACCUUCAUGAUGCUGCCACCACCAUGCCUGACUGUUGUUGCAGUCAUAUGUUUCAAACAUCAGGCUCACCUGUGUCCUCCAAAUAUGGCUCUAAUUUUCCCACUUUAGAUACAUUUUCGAAAUAUUUUCCAGAAGGUGCGUAGUUCGUCUUUGUGGCCAACUGGAAAUCGCAGUCCAAAUUGAAGUUUUCUAUUCAGGAACAAGAGUUUCUUUCUUGGCCAGUGUUCUCUCUGUGCUGAUUUUUAAACAUUCUGGAUGGAAAGAAACUUGUGUUUUAAUAACUAAAAUGUUUGAUUGAGGCUGUUCCGUGAGGACAAACAUCAGGUCACGUCUUAACUAGCUUUGGAAAGGAUAAAGUUAGACUUUCUGAACGUCCCUAACUGCAUCUUCUUACUGUUUUUUUGGGCUAGUUUGUAACUUGCUCAAAAAAAGCUUCUGUUUCUCCACAGUGUACUUAAGAGGGAUUCUCCUUAUCUUAGCUGGAGUAUAUAUGAGGCAAAUCUCUAAUUAAAAUGUUUGGUGGGAGGGAAAAAAAAAAUCUGCUUUAAUUUCUUACUCAUUCAGACCAAUUGUUCCGAAGCUUUGCAUUAACUAAUAAAAGCCCCAAAUUGAUUUUACACCAAUGACUGUAAGUAAACCUCUGGUAAGAACUCAUGUUUAUGGAGAUUCACAGUAGAGAUUAUAUAGAAUGGCGACUAUUUAAAAAAAAAAAAAAAAGUUGUCAUUGUGUUAAAUAUUGUGAUACGACACAGUUUGGGCCUUUAAAGCCAAACAAUCUCUGUUUACAUUUCAGUGGAAACCGGUGUUAUUGUUGGGUAGAAAAUUGAGGUUUUUCCUCUUCUAGUGUCCGUUUGUGAAACUUAUUUUAUUUCAGUGAGCUUCAUGCUCUCUUUCUUUCAGCGUGCCAGUAAGUCCAAAGCUUUAACCUCUGUCAGCUCCUUAUGUUUUUAAUCUAAUAUUGGGAUUGACUUGAAUGUGAAAGCUGCUAAAACCCGGUGGCCUUAGAGGUCUCAAUGAAUUAUUUCUUUGCAAAUGUGGUACAAUGUGUGAUUAGUGUCUUUUUUUUUUCUCUUUUAGCUAUGUUAUCAGAUUUGAUGGAGCAGAAACACUUUUGCUCUUAAUCAGAUGUUUAUUUAAGGUCUUAAAUGUAAAAAAUAUGAUGGUAGUUUGGUAAUAUUAGUGUCCUGCUUAGUGUUUAUAAAGAUGGGACAUAAAAGUGCCACAGGAUUCUGUGUUUUGUUUCUUUUUUAAAGUUAUGACAUUUGGGAAGAAAAAAAAAAAUUUUUUUUUUUAAACUGAUUUAAAGAAGUCAAAUGUGGGGUUAAAAAAAUCCAACCCAUUUAGUCUUCUUGCAAAGGUUAUAUCA